AUGUCGACUUUGGCUCUCCUCAACGACCGAUCGCCUGUGGCUGUCGGCCUACUCGGUCUCAUCGGCUCCUACGUCCUGUACCAGAUCGUGCUGUACUUUGAAGCGGUGCGACGACGCAGCGUCAUCGCCCGCAAAUACGGCUGUAGAUCCAUACCCUCCUACCCUCACCGGGACCCUAUCUUCGGGCUCGAUAUAUUUCUCGAGAAUGCCAGACUGGCGAGAAUGGGCGGCUUCCUGGAGCGCGUCGCGGCUCGCUACCGCGAGAUGGGGACCUACACUUAUAAAAUCCUUUUGCUGGGCGAUCCUGUGAUCAGCACGGCCGAGCCCGAGAACGUCAAAGCCUUGCUCGCCACGCAGUUUAAAGACUUCGCGCUCCCGUCCCGCAGGAAGAACGCGCUGAGACCGACUUUCGGCCACGGGAUCUUCACGACCGAUGGGAAGGAGUGGGAGACAAGCAGGGCGCUGCUGAGACCGAAUUUCACGCGGAGUCAGGUGGGCGAUUUAGACAUCUUCGAGAGCCAUAUCGGGAAACUGAUUGCGAGGAUACCGACGGAUGGCGAGACGGUGGAUUUGCAGGAACUGUUCUUUAUGCUGACCAUGGAUUCGGCGACGGAGUUUUUGUUUGGGACGAGUUCAGAUGUGUUGGGUACUGAUGCGUCGAGAGAAGGAGGGGUCAAGUUCCAGGAUGCCUUCAACUAUGUGACCGAGUGUGCAGGGCUGGAGACUAGGGUGGGCAAGUUGGCGGUGCUGCUUCCUAACAAGAAGUUCAGGGAAGCCAAGGCGUUUGUGCAUACUUAUAUUGGGGACUAUAUCCAGCGUACUGUCGAGCUGCGGAAGAAUGGGUCUGAAGUGGAGAAGGAUUCCAGCCGGUAUGUCUUUUUGGAGGAGUUGGCGAAGGUGGAUAUUGGAGAGAAGAAGAUCCAGGAUGAGCUGUUGAACAUCCUAUUGGCCGGGAGAGAUACGACGGCCAGCUUGCUAAGUUAUCUGUUCUACAUUCUGGCAAGGAGGAAGGACGUACUGGCGAAGUUGCAUGAUGAGGUACGAGGGCUGGGAAGUGCGGCACCGACGUUCGAACAUUUGAAGGCGAUGAAGUAUCUUCAGUACACCCUGAAUGAAGUGUUGAGACUUCACCCCAUUGUUCCGGCCAACGGCCGUUGCGCCGUCAAGGACACCACCCUUCCUGUCGGCGGUGGCCCUGAUCACAAGUCUCCCAUCUUCGUCAAGAAGGGUACCACGGUCAACUACCAAGUUUAUGUAAUGCACCGACGAAAAGAUCUCUACGGCCAGGACGCCGACGAGUUCAAGCCUGAGAGGUGGGAGAGCCUGAAACCAAGCUGGCAGUACCUGCCAUUCAAUGGUGGCCCGAGAAUAUGCAUCGGCCAGCAGUUUGCGUUGACCGAAGCUGCCUUUACAACAGUGAGGUUGUUGCAAGCUUUCAAGGGGGUGGAGCCGAGAGACGAUGCAGCGUUAACAGAUACGCUGACUUUGACGGCGGCGGUGAGAGGGGGUGUCAAAGUCGCUAUGAUUCCGGCUUGA